GACCGAAUGGAUCAAGUUGGUCAGGCACAUAGGCGGUGAGGCGAGCUCCAACUCCGCCGCCCGUCAUCUCGCGGAGGAGAGCCUAGGGGGAAGAGAGAGCGAUAAAAGGGUUGAGGGGGAGAGAGGCGAUCGUCGCUCGCCUCUCUCUUCUCUCACGCUUCUGGUGUCCCCUGGUCCUCCCCUUCGCCGCCUCAUACGCCGUGGCCGAACGGCAUCCUGCCUUCUGUCGGGAGAUCUAGGGUUCAUCUAGAUCUCCAUUUCGGUGGCUUUCGUGGGGGCUAGGCUCCGGCGUCUGUCUAGACAGUAAUCGAGACGAACGGUGAUCGGAGCGUGAGUUCUGGGGGUCUGUGCAUUCUUGGAGCGUGAUCUUGAAAUCUGGAGGUAAUCUGGCGAGGAAGGGCUUAGCGGGGACAUGUCUUCGUUUUUCUAGUCCGCUAGACAAGUAUUCAUUUUGCUGACAUGCUUCUGUUGAAUUGCCACGUGCUCGUGCUGUUUGGACUCCGUUGGAAACAACUAAGAUGGAGAAUCAGCCUCGUAGAUUCAGCACCAUUGGAAAAUUAUUUGCCGAAUCCACUGCUGAUACAAAAUCAAGAUUUUGGCAGGCUAGUGAUUUGCCAUCUCCUGAAGCUGCAGUCAUAUGUCCUGAACCUCAUCGUGCUAUUGCUGUUGCUUGUGUCAUUGACAACCUUAACAGAUUCAGUUCCAAGUCAAAUGACAUCUUGCCGGUUCACAAAGGCGACUAUAGUCAAGAGAUCUUGGAUAUUAUACUGAGCAAGGAUGACCGUGAAGGUGAUUCAGAUGCAAGCAACCAAGUGUUCUUCUUCUCUGGGUCACCUCCUGCACGCACAAAUAACCCCAUAGUCCGUGAUGCACAGUUUCUUAACCAGACGACAUCAUUAGCUCCUCCUUGGGCACAUCAUCAUGGAAUAAGGCCUUCGGCAAAGGUUGAAAGGGGCUCCCCAUCCUGUGGUUCUUCGUUUGGAGGGAGCCCCAAAGUGAGAAUUAAAGGUUUUGCCUGCUCUGCGUUUGCCUGACCUCAAAGGUCCGGAAACUGUUAGAGACUGCUAUUGUUAAUUUUCCCCUACCAUGGGGGGAAUUGAAGCCCCCCAUGCAUAUCCUUCUUCACCUGCUAGCUGUUCAAAGUUUGUCCCCAGGCUCUGAAGAUCUUCACCUAUCAGUGGUCUUUUCAGUUCAUGUUUCUGAAGGGUCGAAAAGCUAGAGAUAAUGUUCCCCGUAUGAUGUCCAUAAGCUUCCUUCUCUCCUUUCUUGUUUUAAACCAAAUGAAACUCUUCGUAGAAUGUAAAUAUGUACACUGUAACAAAGGCAUCUUUUGUUUUUUUAUUUUUUUCUUGUACAAUCUCAGCAUCAUCCGGACUUUGUCGCUCUU